AUGUCGUCCCUCUUUGGUGCCCGCCCGACCCUCUCUGCCGACGAUGCCCGUCAGAAGGCCGCCCAGAUCAAGCAGGAGGUCGAGCAGCAGCUCGCGCUCGCAAACGCCCAGGAGCUCAUCAACAAGAUGAACGAGAAGUGCUUCAACGCCUGCAUCGUCAAGCCCUCUGGCUCGCUCACCCCGAACGACGAGGCGUGCCUCAUGCGCUGCACCGACCGCUUCCUCGAGGCCUUCAACCUCAUCUCGGCCAAGUACGUCCAGCGCGUCCAGCGCGAGCGCGACGCGAGCUCGGGCGCGAGCCUGCUCCAGUAG